AUGGCCAAGUUGCCGUCGCUGGCAGCUUACCCCCCGGCCGUAUGGCGUCACAAGCUCUCACCCGCAGAAUGGGCAUCAUUGCAAAAAGCCUGGGUGACAUUGCUACAAGCGAACACGAGCGCGCCGGCGUCGAAUCUGGCCAAGGCGCUGUCCGAGGAUGACUCGUCUCUCACGCGCUUUCUCACCUCGUUUGCGCACGAAGUAGCCUCGCCGGACGCGUCGCAUCCGCCGUCGCCAGCGCUGCUAAAAGCCGUCUUACAAUUAACAGCCGUGUCCACGUCCCUCAAACUGGUCUCUGACCUGGACAAGUUUGAGUAUCUCGCCAACCUGGCCAGAAUCUACCCCAAGAAGCUCGCUGCACCCGUGCUCGCGCAAGCUUUUACGUCGCCGCAUGCAGCCGCUGUCGAGUCGUCCCUCACGGCGCUGAAAAAGACCCUCAUCGCGCACCUCGAAGCCGGCAUCCGCGGCGACCUCGCGCUCGCCGAGGCGCGCCUCGCCCAGCUCAACACGCUGCUGCACGCCUCGGUGCACGCCUGCACGCUGUUCCUCGCCGGCGACGACUUCGUCGACGCCCUCAUCGCCGGCUACACGGUCACGAACCCGCCCCUGCGCCGGGCCCUCGUCGCGACGCUGUACCUGUGCCUCGUCGGCCUCGUCGAGGCCCGCCCCGUGUCGUGGUCUAUGCUGAGCGACGUGCUGUUCGCGCUGACCGCGGCGACGGACGCGCACCGGCGCGGGCCGCUCAACGCCAAGGACUCGCUGGUGCCGGCACUGGUCGCGUCCACGCCGCUGUGCAAGGUGCUCAGGGCGCGGGCGGCGCCAGACGGCACGGCGAUGCCCAACUUGGAGAAGCGCAUUGCGGCACUCGAGGCGAUGGGCAAGGGCGGUGCCGUUCUCCGGCCGAAGCGGAUGGUGCGGCGCAGGGUGGACAAGGGCAAGAGCAGGCAGACGGACGACGAUGCGGGUGCCGAGGUGCAUGUUUGUCGCAUGAACCAGCUUACGCAAGUGCAGGACUUGUUUCCUGAGCUUGGUGCUGGCUUUGUUGCCAAGUGUCUGGAUGAGUACAACGACGAUGUCGAGCAGGUGGUUGCCAAUCUUCUCAGUGAAUCAUUACCACCGUACCUUGCUACCGCUGACCGUAGCGAACUAUUGUACGUGUCAGAUAAAAUCAUACCGCCUGCUCUGCCAACUUACAUGUCUAGAUCCUCAUCCCACAAUCAACCACUGCCUGACAUGGCUCCUCGCUCCACACCACCAAAGGGCCGAACCCGUCGCAAUAUUUACGACGAUGAUGAGCUGGACCGUCUCGUCGUCAACACCGCCAAACUCUCCUUCGGCAAGCGGCCCGCGCGUACCGCGGACCAGCUGCUCGCAGACCGCUCCUCCGCGCCGGCUAAGGCCGCCAUCCUCUCGGCGCUCACCGCGUUUGACUCCGACGAUGACGAGCGCGAUGACACGUACGACGCCGACGACGUGGGCGGCACCGUCGACGCCUCGGCGGACCACGAGGCCGUCGCCUCGCACCACGCCCACGAGGAGGUGCUCUUCCGGGCCUUUCAGACGGACCCGCGCGUGUUUGACCGCGACGCCGCGACGCGCCGGUCCGCCGCGCGCGGCCAGCUGCGCACCGACACGGGGAACACCAUGGCCGACGAGGCGCUCGAGGGCUGGGCGCUCAUGGUCACCCGCAACCCGGGUCAGAUGCGUCGCCUCGAGGCCAAGUUUGCGUUUAGCGGCCAGCAGCAGGACCUCGGACGCACGGCGUGGCGUGACUCGGGCGCCGAGGACAGCGAUGCCGGUGGUGCGGGGGGGCGAGGCGGCAGAGGAACAGGCGGCAGGCGUGGCGGCAGAGGAGGAGGAGGAGGUGGAAGAGGUCGAGGCGGCGGGAACGUGGCGGGACCGAUCGGGGAAAAGGGCACGGCGAAUGCGCGAAAGAGCAAGGAAGCAAACAAGGGCUCGCGCGCGAACCAUAACCGCAAGGCUGGCCAUGCCAAGAAGAUAGCGCGCGGCGGCUUCGCUGGAUAA